CCAGCCGCCGCCUGAAUGCUCCUGGCUGGCCGGAGCCGGACGGCCCAGUAGGGCGCACGGGAGGACGCCCCCGCCGCGGGAGCCUGGACAGUUUUAGACGGUGCAGUCUUGCUACAUGGUGUGAGAAAUGGCUGUAGGAAACAACACUCAACGAAGUUAUUCCAUCAUCCCGUGUUUUAUAUUUGUUGAGCUUGUCAUCAUGGCUGGGACAGUGCUGCUUGCCUACUACUUCGAAUGCACUGACACUUUUCAGGUGCAUAUCCAAGGAUUCUUCUGUCAGGACGGAGACUUAAUGAAGCCUUACCCCGGGACAGAGGAAGAAAGCUUCAUCACCCCUCUGGUGCUCUAUUGCGUGCUGGCCGCCACUCCAACUGCUAUUAUUUUUAUUGGUGAAAUAUCCAUGUAUUUCAUAAAGUCAACACGAGAAUCCUUGAUUGCCCAGGAGAAAACAAUUCUGACUGGAGAAUGCUGUUACCUGAACCCCUUACUCCGAAGGAUCGUCAGAUUUAUCGGGGUGUUUGCAUUUGGACUUUUUGCUACUGACAUUUUUGUAAAUGCUGGACAAGUGGUCACGGGGCACCUAACACCAUACUUCCUGACAGUGUGCAAGCCGAACUACACCAGUACAGACUGCCGUGUGCACCACCAGUUCAUCAACAAUGGGAACGUUUGUACUGGGGACCUGGCAGUGAUAGAAAAGGCUCGGAGAUCCUUUCCCUCCAAACACGCUGCUCUGAGCAUUUAUUCUGCCUUAUAUGCCACGAUGUACAUCACAAGCACAAUCAAGACCAAGAGCAGCCGACUGGCCAAGCCGGUGCUGUGCCUCGGGACCCUCUGCACAGCCUUCCUGACUGGCCUCAACCGAGUCUCUGAGUAUCGGAACCACUGCUCAGACGUGAUUGCGGGCUUCAUCCUGGGCACUGCAGUGGCCCUGUUUCUGGGAAUGUGUGUGGUCCAUAACUUUAAAGGAACACAAGGAUCUUCUUCCAAGCCCAAACCGGAGGAUUCCCGUGGAGUAGCCCUAAUGGCUUUCCCAAGGAUAGAAAGCCCUCUGGAAACCUUAAGUGCACAGAAUCACUCUGCCUCCAUGACUGAAGUUACCUGAGAUGGCUGCUGUGUCACAAGCUGUUUUUUAACCACCUGCCAGUUCAAUACUUCAAAACACACAGUUACUCAAUGUCAAACUGUGAAGACAGUAUUAUGUUUUAUCUAGUUAGAGGCUAAUGUUUUGUACAUUUUUUGGAUGAAGAAGUGAUGUAGCUUGCCCUGAUUUUUUUUUUUUGGUCAGCUUUAAUAUAUUUAUGCCAGAAUUUUAAAACCAACAAAAUUUUCUCCUUGUUCAAGUGUGCAUUGAAGAACCACCUGGUUGAUGUUGUUUUGUGAUAUUUGUACACAAACCUUCUUUUCUCAGUUUUAUAGACACAGAAAUAAAAUAUAAUGAUUCACUUUAACCUUUUAUUACCACAGUUGCUGCCUCCUCCAGAAUUUUUGAAUUUUAAUGAAAAUUAAACUUUGAGUUGCAGGAAGGAUGAUGUUGGUUAAUGGAAAAUCUCAAAAUCAACUGUGUGGGGUGAGUGAGAGCUUCAGAAAGAACUUUGUGUUCUGAUCUCUUAACAGAUUAUUGCAUUUGAAGUUAAAAUAUUAGAGAAGUGACUUAAUUACAUAAACAAUUACAGAGAGUCCUACAUUUAAAGGGUGCUGGGGUUAUGAUUCUUUCUUGAGUAAUGGCCUUGCCAAUCUAAGAAACUCAAGAUCUUUCUAGAAUCAUGUCCUUGGGCGGGUAAGUAACUUCAUCCUCCUUUCCAAAAAGCAGCCAGCACCAGCCUCUCCUGUCAACUCAACAGUUUUGUAUAUCAUAUUGUAUGGACUUUAUAUGAAAAUGAAUAUUUUACAGUUUGCACAGUAUUAUUUUACAGAAAGGAUAUCAGAGCAUCUACAACAAAGAACCCCAGAGCAGCAACAGCUUGACUCUGUGGCUUUUAACUAUUCUAGAAUUUUAACUGCAUCUCAUUUUUCUAGCAUGGUGAAAACUAAUGUGUAACUCCUGUGAGAAGGAGCUCCUUUGUCUGUACCUAUCAGAAUGUUUUCUUGACACUUCUGUGUUGGCUCUUCUUAGCUUUUUUUGUACAUAUUUUUUUUCUAAAGAGAAGAAAAAAGUUAUCACAAAGUA